AUGGUAGAGAAAUUGGAGUUGCCAACAGUAAAGCAUCCCCGUCCAUACAAGUUGCAAUGGCUAAGUGAAGGAUCUGAGGUAAAAGUCAAUCGACAAGUUACUAUUCCUUUUUCCAUUGGAUCUGUUAAUGAAGAUAAAAAUGUCUGUGAUGUUGUCCCUAUUGGGAAGAAGGUCGCUUUGACUUCUCUGAAAGCUAGUGAGUUACUGAAAAUCAAUAAGAAAGACCAGCCCAAGCCUUUAUUUAUGUCACAAACUGAAGUUGAAGAAGAGUUAACUGGAGGCUCUCCAGUUAUGAUGUUACUGGUGCUAGAGCGUACUAGAGAAAAGGAGCUCACUGGAGUCCCCAGUCUCCUAAAGUCUUUAUUGAAGGAAUUCACUGAUGUUUUUCCAAAAGACUUACAUGAAGGGUUACCGGCAGUAAGAGGUAUUGAACACCAGAUUGACCUGGUUCUAGGGUCAGUUCUUCCAAACAAAGCUGCUUAA